AUGAAAAAGAUCCAAGAGCACUACAAGCCUCCUGGAAGGGAGGUUGAUGUGGAGGUGCGGUGCAAGCUGGAGAAGUUUUUCUAUGGUGGCACCAAGCAGGUCACCAGGAGUCGGAGAAUCUACAGGGACUUCCAGGAGUUCCACGACGACAAGCAGUAUCGCCUUGACGUACCGAAAGGCGCCGCGGAGUCCUGGGAGUGCAAGAUGAAAGGCGGUGACAUGAACUUGGAGAUGCAGACGGACACCUUGCGAUUCGUCGUGAAGUCCAAGCCUCACAAGGUCUUGGAGCGCCGCGGAGGGGACUUGCACCUCCUGCGAGAAGUGCGCCUCAGGCCGGACGCUCACUUGCAGCCCUUUCUCCAGACGGCAGUCAGCACAGUGGAAGGGCGCACAGUGCUUCUCUGGGGCCAGAAUCCGUUGUACUCCCAGGCUGCCUCAUCCAGCACCGUGCUGCAUGUCUCUGUGGAAGGCGAGGGCAUUGGAGACAGAGGCCAUCUGCACCUGUCCGCGCGUGUGGGCACAAAGACUGGGAGCCAGGAGACGCGCAUUGUGACCGUCAAGACGACGUAUACCAAGAUUAAAUUCUGCGUUGGCGUCUCAGUGCCGGCCAGCCUGGAGGAUCUCCAGGAGUCCAUCCGUGAAGUGCUGCAGUGGCCAGAAGAUCAUCCGGUGAACUUGAGGAGGUGCUCCUCCGAUCAACCCUUCGCGGAGCAGUCGAUCCUCGAGACGGAGGACUCGGAAGUGAUCCUUGAGUGCAGAGCCCAGUGCGUGGCCGAGGUGCCGAUGUCACUGCGCAGGGCUCGUGAUUUGCUGGGAGCUAUGGCUGCCUUCGCUGGAACGGAUGCUUUCGAAGAGGGCCUCAGUGGAUGCUUGCCGGCGGUUGGCACUGCACGGCACGAGGCUCUGCUGCGGAAGCUCUGGGAGCCUGCUUGUCGAAGUGCGCUCCUCUGUGGCUACGAGCCCUGCCUCGAGGGCUUGUGGAAGGCGGCCCAGCGCGCCUUGUGGCUGCUGCGCGAGGAGCCCGAUGGCGAGACCCUGCGGCAGCGCUUCGCCGACUUUGGCUUCGAGCCGAAGAUGCCGCCGACGCCGAGGCCUCCCAGGCGCCGGAAGCUUCCCAGGCCCGAGGUGGAGAACUUCCUGCUUCGCAAUGCUCUGGGCCCGGCGAGCUGGAGCGAUAGCCUCCCGGACCCUGGGUCAGAGACGGAGCCCGAAGAGGAAGCUCCCGACUACGAGGAAAGGAAGGCCCAGCAACUCCGCGAGACGGAGGAGCACGAGAGAGCCUUCCUGCAUUUCCUCCGCCACGGUGCCGGCCACGCGCCGGAUCGAAGGCGAGCGAAGCGCCUGGGCCCUUUCGGAGCCGCUGCUCAUCCUCUCAUGCUACGCCGAGCGGCAAAGCGUGCAGAGCUGGCGUCGGAGUGCUCCUUGCAGCUUCGCCCGCUCUUCUGUGGAGAGCCCAUGCAGCUGUUCACCAAGCCAACGUGCUUUCUGCAGUUCUACUCAAAUGCAGGUCAGUCUGCACAUGCCCGUCCAGGGCAGCUGGAGCCGACACCAAUGUUUGCAGUUGCAGUCUGUUGCCCAACGGGAGCGAAAAAGGCUGGAAAGGAGGAGUGGAUGCGGCUUCGACAUCAGCUGCUGCCUGCGCUUAAGCACAUGCUCUUGAUCUGUCUUGGGAGAGCCCGUAACUUGCUGCCCCGGCAGCUCUCGGCCUCUCCAGCGUUGGCUUGCUAUGUGGCAACGAGUGGGGUGUCGGUCAACUCCGGGAGAGUAGAGUCCGCUGGAGACGAUGUGGCUGAUGAGUCCAGCGAGGGUGAGGACAAUGCCGAAGUUAUCCAGCUAGCGAAGAGGAGAGUGGAGGAGUGUCGAGGUGAGACCUGUGAUUUUGAUGAUCUCGAUAUUUUGGACGAGUUGGAAUCUGCUGCUUCCGCUAUUCGCAAGGAGAGGCGUGAGCAGAGAAGAAGACUUCGAGCAGCGCGCGAGUCCUGGAUGCGAGAGGCAAAGCGGGAGGCGAAUCUUAGAGCGCUCGACGGGCCCUCGCUGCCCACGCCUGUGGGGCAGGGAGAGGUGGCCUCCACCUUGUGGAAGCAACUUGCCACAGAUGCAGUCAAGUCGGGUGACUAUUAUCUCGCGCAGUGGUACUACUCGAAAGAAGCACAUUGCUACGGCCUGCUGGCUCCGGAGAUGGAGUCUGACGAGCGGGAGAAUGAGAAGAAAGAUGACGAGAACCAUGUACUUGAACGGGCCGUGGUUCUCUCCAACCGAUCUCUGUGUCUGUGUCGCGUGCAGCAAGCAGAGGCUGCUUUGCGGGACGCACGCUGCGCUGCUGCUCUGCGGCCCGACUGGGCCCGUGCCUGGAGCCGCAUCGGUGCGGCCGCCUUCGCCCAGUCGGCCUUGUCCGAGGCCUGCGAGGCCUGGCGCAAGGCCGUGCAGCUCGACAGCUCUGAGGAGAAUCUCAGAGGCUUGGAGGAGACCUGCCGGCGCAAAGCCACCUCCAGCGUCCGCGAAUGCAAGGAGCAAGGCAACCUUGCGUUGCGCGGCAAGGACUGGGGAUUGGCUAUUUGCUGCUAUACCGAAGCCUUGGCAGGUAUUCCACCACAGAAGUACAUGGAACAAUCCGACACGGCGAUACAGGAUGACUACAGUCUGCUGCGCUCCAUCCUUUUCGCCAACCGCUCGGCUGCCUUUGCAAGUGCGGGCCGUUGGCAGGCAGCCGUGCGCGACGCAAACUGUGCAGUUGCGGAAGGCCAAGCCUACCCGAAGGCCUUCUGCCGCCUUGGCGUUGCCUUGCUCGGCUGCAGCGAGAACGAAGGGGCCUACGUAGCCUUUGCCAAGUCACUCAAAGCAGAGGAGCGAAACCUUGCUGCCAGCAAGGGUCGACAGAGCUGCCUGCAGCUGGCCCCCCGCUGGUCUUCUUCGGCUGCCGCGUAUCGGCGACGGAGGUUCCUGCGUGACGCCGGAAGACCGAGAUGCAGGACACGCGUCUUUCUCCUUUCGGAGCUACGUUUCGGACAAGGCUCCAAUGAGGCUUGGGUGCAUGGCAUCCAUGCGACCAAGUUCCUGGACGAUGUCCUCAUCUUGACCGGGAACGUCGCAGACUCCUUUCGGGCACUCGAAAGAGGUCUGACCGCCUUGCGCUCCAAGUUCCGACGGAUCUUCUUCGUUCCGGGGAACAACGAGAUGUGGAUCACACCCGUUGAGAUGGAGAGGUUCCCAGACUCCGUUUGCAAGUUUUGGGCCAUCCUGGAGAUGUGCGAUCGUCUUGGUGUGGACGUCGCGCCGGCGGCCAUUUGCGAAGGUGUCUACGUGGUUCCAUUAUUCUCAUGGUACAAUGCUGAGUUCGAUGUCGCGGACCCGUUUCCAGAUCCGCAGCUCCAGCACGACAAGUACGCCAAAUGGCCCAUGGAUCCGAACCAUCAGGUUUGGCGAUACAUGAUGGCCUUGAACAGGGACUAUCUGCAAAAGCCGUACCACGACACUGUGAUCACCUGCUCGCACUUCGUUCCGAGAAGCGAACUGCCUGUCGUGCAGGAGUUCAGCAUGGCGAAGGCAUCGGGCUGCGCCGAGCUUGACGACCAAGUUCGCCAAGCAAGGAGCAGCUGCCAUGUCUAUGGGCACAGCUCCAAGCAGUGUGGAAAGGAAAUUGAGGGUGUUAUUUAUCUCAACGCUCCACAUAAAGGUGGAGGGUUGGAGGAGCCAAUACCGUGCGUCUUCAACGGAGAAAAGGUUUGCUGUGAGAUGGUGUCUGUACAUUAA